AGAAAGAGAACUUGGCAGUGCUGCUUCGGGUUUGCAUUUUUUUCCUCUUGGCCAGCCAACAACUCCGGCAUCUCUCAAGUGGUCCCCAAGUUUGUCUAGGGGUGGAAGCUGAGACAGCCCAGAUAGGAAAGACCCCAGUCUUCCUUCGGGAAGUUCCCGUCUGGAGGAGUCAGAAAAGAAAGUCACUGUUAAAUCCUAAUCUUAGCAGUUACUUGACUACGGAGUGAGUAACCGUUAACCAGGGGUCAGAGGGUGACCGGAGACCUCAGUCAGGAACUCUGCCCUGAGUAAACCAAGACAAGUAGCAACCUCAGUAUGUACUCCAAAGCUUACAUCUUGCUGGAAAGAGAAUUCAGGGAGUUAAAACGUGACACAAGAAAGGAUAUUACUGCUUAUCCUGUAAGUGAUGAUAUGAUGAAUUGGAAAGCUGAGAUUGAAGGUCUUCGCAAUUCAGUUUGUGAAGGACUUGUUUUCUACCUGACAUUAGAGUUUUCACAAGAGUACAAUUCUGUUCCUCCAAAUGUGAAAUUUACAACAAUUCCUUUUCAUCCAAAUGUAGACCCAUAUACCGGUAAACCCAGUAUAGACUUUUUGGACAAGCCUGGCAAGUGGAACACGAAUUAUACAGUACUCAGCAUCUUACUUGAUCUACAGAUGUUGCUUUCUUACCCUGUCCUAAAAAAUCCAGUGAACUUGGAGGCAGCCCAACUGCUGAUUAGAAAUGCGUCUACGUAUAAAAUGGUAAUUCAGGAACUUUUGCCGCCAGCAUUACCAAAAAGAGAGAGCAGCCUGGUGAUACCUGAAAAGCCACAGGAUCGAGUCAGGGUAAUUAAAACAAUCUCAUUUAAUGAUUACUACAAGACAUGGUCUCAGAUAGCCACGACAAAAGUCGCAGAACACUCCAGAAACCCAUUUGUUGGAGAUCCACAUUUCAUGGGACAGUAUUACAAAUGGAAGCAACAGGAUCGGCAGAAUCAAGUGCAAUGGGAGUCCAAGUUUGCACUCUCAAAGUGGCAGACUGCUAGGAAAAAAAUAAUGGCUCAGGAAAAGAGCAAUCACUACAACCAAGUGAUAGGUAUCUACCCAUCUCCGAGUGAACUUUCUUUUGAAUAUGAAAUAGAAGAAGAAGAAGAAGAAGAAGAAGAGGAGGAGGAGGAGGAGGAGGAGGAAGAAGAAGAAGAAGAAAAAGAAGAAGAAGAAGAAGAACCAAGGAUUUAUCAAAUACCUCAGGAGUGGCCAGAAGAACAUGAUUCAAAAGAAUCCUGGGAAGAGGAAGCAGACCACCUGGUCUCCUGGACCAAUGGUCUUGAUGAAGAAUCUUUGAACUAUGAGUACUUUGACAACGUAAAGAACUAUGAGAACUUGGGCAACUAACACACAAGGACUUUACACACUGCCCUAUUACAGUGCAGUCUCAGGGAACAGUUUUAGGAGAUGCUCAGGACCUGGCUUCUGCUCUCUACCCCAGUUGAUCUCAUCUUUCUGGAAGCACAAAAUAGAAAAUACAAGUAUAAGCC